AAAAAAGGAAAGUGCACUUGGAAGAGAUCCAAGUGGGUGACUUGGAGAACAAGUGCCACACAGCCCUUCUGUCACUCUGGGCGUCAGGGCCCUGUCCACUUUGUAUAGCCGCUGGCUUAUAGAAGGUGCUCGAUAAAUCUCUUGAAUUCAAAAAUCAAUUAGGAUGCCUCUGUAGUGAAAAAGAAACAGUAAAGAUGAGGGAUAAUCAAUUUUAAAAAUGAGCAGUAAGUACACACAAAGCAUUUUAUUCAUUCUUAUGACACCUGUUGCUUUUUUGCUGUGUUUGGGUAUACGCAUGCCAUGUCAUAGUUUGUGGGGCCCUCAAAGCAAGCUGGGGAGAGUAUACCGAAUUUAGCUCCUGAGACAUGAUGCUCUUCCUUUUUAAUUAACCCAGAACUUAGCAGCUUACCUAUUUCUCUAAUGUCAAAACGUCCUUAGACUGGGGGUGAUACUUGAGUGAAAGAGAAUUUUGCAAGUAUUAAAUGAGCUAGCUUCUUUUUUUUUUGUUUUUCUUUGAGACACAGUCUUGCUCUGUCACCCAGGCUGGAGUGCAGUGGUGCGAUCUCAGUUCACUGCAACCUCUGCCACCCGGGUUCAAGCGAUUCUCCUGCCUCAGCCUCCUGAGUAGCUGGGAUUACAGUCCCAGGACAUCAAAGCUCUGCAGAAAGAACUCGAGCAAUUUGCCAAGCUCCUGAAGCAGAAGAGGAUCACCCUGGGAUAUACACAGGCCGAUGUGGGGCUCACCCUGGGGGUUCUAUUUGGGAAGGUGUUCAGCCAAACGACCAUCUGCCGCUUUGAGGCUCUGCAGCUUAGCUUCAAGAACAUGUGUAAGCUGCGGCCCUUGCUGCAGAAGUGGGUGGAGGAAGCUGACAACAAUGAAAAUCUUCAGGAGAUAUGCAAAGCAGAAACCCUGGUGCAGGCCCGAAAGAGAAAGCGAACCAGUAUCGAGAACCGAGUGAGAGGCAGCCUGGAGAAUCUGUUCCUGCAGUGCCCGAAACCCACACUGCAGCAGAUCAGCCACAUCGCCCAGCAGCUUGGGCUCGAGAAGGAUGUGGUCCGAGUGUGGUUCUGUAACCGGCGCCAGAAGGGCAAGCGAUCGAGCAGUGACUAUGCACAACGAGAGGAUUUUGAGGCUGCUGGGUCUCCUUUCUCAGGGGGACCAGUGUCCUUUCCUCUGGCCCCAGGGCCCCAUUUUGGUACCCCAGGCUAUGGGAGCCCUCACUUCACUGCACUGUACUCCUCGGUCCCUUUCCCUGAGGGGGAAGCCUUUCCCCCUGUCUCCGUCACCGCUCUGAGCUCUCCCAUGCAUUCAAACUGAGGCGCCUGCCCUUCUAGGAAUGAGGGACAGGGGGAGGGGAGGAGCUAGGGAAAGAGAACCUAGAGUUCGUGCCAGGGCUUUUGGGAUUAAGUUCUUCAUUCACUAAGGAAGGAAUUGGGAACACAAAGGGUGGGGGCAGGGGAGUUUGGGGCAACUGGUUGGAGGGAAGGUGAAGUUCAAUGAUGCUCUUGAUUUUAAUCCCACAUCAUGUAUCACUUUUUUCUUAAAUAAAGAAGCCUGGGACACAGUAGAUAGACACACUUA